AUGGCGACCAGAUCAGCCGGGAAAGGCGCUGUACCAUACAGUGUUUUAAAUAAUUUAAGUUCAGUCGACAUACUGUAUUGCGAAAAUAAAAAAAGAAGAAGACGUCGGAUAGCUGGAGUGUUCGAUGCCGAAAGAUUGAUAGCGCGAAGGAAGGAUAAAAAGGUAAAUAAUUGUUUGUUUGUAUUAAAAAUUUAAAUAGUAAAUAAUCUCACACUAUAUCAUUCUAUUAUUUUUGUAUUUAUGAUUUAAAAAACUAUACAAGCAUCUACCACGUUAUCACAAUACCAGUAAUAUUAAUAGUUUUGUUUAUAUGAAUUACGCUUGCCCCUGCGUAGUUUUUAUUAUAUUAUUUAUGUUUAGGUAAAAUGGAAGGGGUAUAGCUCCUUUGAGAAUACUUGGGAGCCAGAGGAGCACAUUUCUCCAGCUUCCUUAAGGUAAGCUUCCAAUAAAUUCUACUACAAAGCAGGUGGCUUCUGUGAAUGUUUAGUAAUGACUAUUAAUUUGGGUUAAUUAAGCAGUUAUUAAGAUUCUCAGGUGCAAUUUUUAGUUAGUGCAAGACCAAAUAUCUCUUUAUAUGUACCAAAUAUGGCGACUUUCACACCCUACCGUAGCUAGGUGAUAUUGAUUAAAUCAUUCAACUAGUUACUGUUAUUUAAAACAUAUAUUAGGAUACAUGUUUAUUCUUAUCUCAAUCCUAGGUAUUUUAGCAAGGCUUGUCCACCAUCAGAGGUCAUUGAGGAGUGCGUGGACAAGAUGAGAAUCGAGGUGAUGCUCGCACCCAAGCACAAAGCGCCUGAACAAAAGUUAACGUUGGAGUUCAGACAUGACGUGUAUGGCUUUUUAUUUAAUGGGAAAGGGAAGCCAGCAGAGCAACGUGGCUGGAUGCUGUUUGAGGAGAGCGACUACGAAAAAUGUAAAUUGCCUCCCACCUGGUUCUGUAUUCAUGAUCAACAUGGAGAUGGGGCAAAAGUCAGAUUCCCGGUAAUGAUGAGAACAUUUCUAGGCCACUCACCUAGAAAUUUUACUAACAAAGGUUGUGAAUUCGAAAUUGUGGAACUGCCUCGCUCCUUUAUAGAAAAGAUGUCGAUAAAAUUUAUUAAAAUUGCAUCUUCUUGUUCAUAGUACACCUGUACAUUUGCUUAAUACAUUCUUUGUAAGUGGCCAUAGUGAUCAUAUAAAUAUUUCUUUGGUUUUUGGAAACACCACAUAUAUUUAUUAUCGCAGAGCUUUCAAUUAUAUUUAUAACACUAAUCAUAACAUUUUCAUUCAUCAGAUGUUAUUAGCACUGAUGUUUCCACAUACCAAAGAAAUAUUUAUCAAAACAACAGCAUACUAAAUUUACACCAUCUUUGCACAGGUAUAUUGAGAUGCUGACUUAAAUUGUAUUCCUAUAAUGUAAAGGUUAUGUAUAUACAAAACUAAACUAGCUUAUUUACAGUAUCCAUAUCAGUCACAUACCUCAAAUGGUUGUUUAUGUACAGAAAAUGUUUUCUGUUGUUUAUAGA